GGAGGGCUCAGGCUGCAGCUCCCUGUCGAGCGUGGCACUGGCCUGCCUUAUCCAGUGGGACGGCAAAGGGUCACUCUGAAAACUGCCACUCCUGGGACUUGGCAGGUGGCUGCUGGUGGCUCUCCACCGGGUUUUCCUUCUCGCUUUCUCUCUCUCCACAGAUUACCUCCGAAGAGGAUUCUGCUGCUACAACCUCUUCAUCGCAAGCCGUGCUGCACUGCUCACAGGAGGCACGCUCUUGCCUGUGACUGUGUGUUUGCCAACAUGGCACCCAAAAAGAAGACUGUCAAAAAGAACAAAGGCGACAUCAAUGAGAUGACCAUAAUUGUAGAAGACAGCCCUCUAACCAAACUGAAUGCUUUGAAUGGGCUCCUAGAGGGAGGCAAUGGUCUUAGCUGCAUUUCUUCUGAAUUAACAGAUACUUCUUAUGGGCCCAAUCUCUUGGAAGGUUUAAGUAAAAUGCGGCAGGAGAGCUUCCUCUGUGACUUAGUCAUUGGUACCAAAACCAAAUCCUUUGAUGUUCAUAAGUCAGUGAUGGCUUCAUGCAGUGAGUACUUCUACAACAUACUAAAAAAAGACCCAUCGACUCAAAGGGUGGAUCUCAAUGAUAUUUCACCACUAGGCUUGGCCACGGUCAUUGCCUAUGCCUACACGGGAAAGCUGACUCUCUCCUUGUACACGAUAGGAAGCAUUAUUUCUGCUGCUGUUUAUCUUCAGAUCCAUACUCUUGUCAAGAUGUGCAGUGAUUUUCUGAUCCGGGAGAUGAGUGUUGAGAAUUGCAUGUAUGUUGUUAAUAUUGCUGAAACAUACUCCCUGAAAAAUGCUAAAGCAGCAGCCCAGAAAUUUAUCCGGGAUAAUUUCCUCGAAUUUGCAGAAUCAGAUCAGUUUAUGAAACUUACGUUUGAACAAAUUAAUGAACUUCUUAUAGAUGAUGACUUACAGUUGCCUUCUGAGAUAGUAGCAUUCCAGAUUGCAAUGAAAUGGUUAGAAUUUGACCAAAAGAGAGUAAAAUAUGCUGCAGAUCUUUUGAGCAAUAUUCGUUUUGGUACCAUCUCUGCACAAGACCUGGUGAAUUAUGUUCAAUCUGUGCCAAGAAUGAUGCAAGAUGCCGAUUGUCACAAACUCCUUGUAGACGCUAUGAACUACCACUUACUUCCAUACCACCAAAACACAUUACAGUCUAGGCGAACGAGAAUCCGAGGAGGCUGCCGGGUCCUAGUCACUGUUGGGGGACGCCCAGGCCUUACUGAGAAGUCCCUUAGUAGAGACAUCUUGUAUAGAGACCCUGAAAAUGGAUGGAGCAAGCUGACAGAAAUGCCAGCCAAGAGUUUUAAUCAGUGCGUGGCUGUGAUGGAUGGAUUUCUUUAUGUGGCUGGUGGUGAAGACCAGAAUGAUGCAAGAAAUCAAGCCAAGCAUGCAGUCAGCAAUUUCUGCAGAUACGAUCCCCGCUUCAAUACCUGGAUACACCUCGCCAGCAUGAACCAGAAGCGCACGCACUUCAGCCUGAGCGUGUUCAAUGGGCUCCUCUACGCUCUGGGUGGCCGCAAUGCAGAAGGCAGCCUGGCCUCGCUGGAGUGCUACGUGCCCUCCACCAACCAGUGGCAGCCGAAGACGCCCCUGGAGGUAGCGCGCUGCUGCCACGCCAGCGCCGUCGCCGACGGCCGAGUGCUGGUGACCGGCGGCUACAUCGGCAACGCGUACUCCCGCUCCGUGUGCGCGUAUAACCCGGCCAGCGACUCGUGGCAGGAGCUGCCGAGCCUGAGUACGCCCCGGGGUUGGCACUGCGCGGUCACGCUGACCGACAGGGUGUACGUGAUGGGGGGCAGCCAGGUGGGGCCGCGCGGGGAGCGCGUGGACGUGCUGACGGUGGAGUGCUACAGCCCGGCCACCGGCCAGUGGAGCUACGCCGCGCCGUUGCAGGUGGGCGUGAGCACGGCCGGCGUCUCAGUGCUGCACGGCCGCGCCUACCUGGUGGGAGGCUGGAACGAGGGCGAGAAGAAGUACAAAAAGUGUAUCCAGUGCUUCAGCCCGGAGCUCAACGAGUGGACGGAGGACGACGAGCUGCCGGAGGCCACCGUGGGCGUGUCCUGCUGCACUCUCUCCAUGCCCAACAACGUGACUCGGGAAUCCCGGGCGAGCUCGGUGUCCUCCGUGCCUGUCAGUAUCUGAACCCAGGUAGUCGCGGGGAUGCAGGAAAAACACUUAUUUAUUCAUAGAACCAUGUGGUUAAUCUUUGAGUUAGUGAAAAGGAAAAUAUGUAACAUUUACUACAGUGGUUGUAUCUGAAAAUAUAUCGAUGACAAAUGAUUUUAAAUUCCUGGUAUGGCAUAAUCUACCUCUGUCUUUUUUAGCCAGCAAAGGAAAGCAAUUUAUUUCAGUGGCCACUGGGUGGCAGACGGAGUUUGCUGUAGGCACUCCCAACAGGGCACGUUUCCUAAACCUAUUGCAGUUUUGCCCACAUUUGAGAUUUUUCUUCUGCACUUCAGUACUUAUAAGGCUUAUGUGAGAAAGUAAUCCCACAGAUAAAAAAGUUUAUUUUCUCUCAUUUUCUUCUUUAGGAAGUUGAAAAUGGUUUUAUUUUUCAAUGAAAAUCAUCUAUUUCCAUAAAGACUUAACUCUAUUCAACACAAUUCCUUUUCCUUUAUGUGAAUGAGUAAAGCAUCUUGAAAGGCAUCUCGUAGCAAAGGUGUAAAGUUUAGGACAAAGUCCGGAUGGGAAGGAACAGGGAUUCUGUGGAUACCAUUGGGUUGUGGUGAUUUCUCCCUCUAGGCCUCAGACCUCAGUGUAUUUUCUAUCAUAAAAUCCUCAUCUGGAAGAAGAAACUAUUAUCAGUCAUUUAACUUAUGAUGUAAGUUUAAAUCACUUUUUUUGUUUCUCCGAGAAGUAUUUGCACUUUAACUCUUUUCCUGUAUUAAAGGAAUUUCAAGUAUCCUGAGUGCCUUACCACCACCUUAAGCACAAACCAAUUGCUACAUCAAGGUUAGAGGCGAACUUGUCUCUAAGGUAAACCCUAGGACCAUCACUAAGUAAAACUAUGUCUUCAAGGACUGUUAAUGAAUGCUUAGAUAGCCUGAGGGUUAUACAACAAUAACAAUAGUUUGAUUUCCCUCGACUUUUUUUUGUAAGAAGCAUUUUUGCUAUAUGGUGCGUGUGCAUACUGGAGAGACAGAAA